AUGAUUAAACGUGUUAACAUUUUCAAUUGCAAACACAGCCUUUUUCACACUGUAUGUGAAUGUGAAUGACGAGCAUGUGGUCUAAGAGAGAGUGAAGCUCAAAGUCGUCUCCACGUUCUCUUCUGCACAUCUUGUGGGUUGUCUUUGUUCGUGCUUAUCCGGUCCAAGAUUGACUAAUUUGGCGAUCAAUCCUAAUGUCCACUAGCGGGGGUGUACAAUUGAGUUGAUCUGAAAUUUGAUGUGUGAUCUGGAAUUUUUGUGAUUAUUUUGUUUUUGUAGAAAGAUAUUGGAAAACUUUGGGUGUUGUUGAAGGGUUUUGGAAUGUAUGCAAUGAGUGAUAGUGCAUUUUGUUGUUGUUGAAGGAAGAUUUUGUAGAGAGGUAUUUGAUAAAAUAUUAUGAUGUCCUUUGAUUCAUGUAGCCGAGUCUGUUCAAUGGGAUAAGACUUAGGUUGUUGUUAUUGUUGUGGAAGAUUUGGUAGAGUGAUGGCUACAAUCACACUUUCUCCAAAUGGUUCUCCCGUUGCAUUGCCUCCAUCAUCUGGUGCUGCUGUUUUACCACCUACCACUUCUUCUCAGUCCAAUCAAACAACUAAUUCACCACCUCCCUCAGUUCCUCCUCUGUCGACGACAGUGCCAGUAACUCCUCCUCCUUCACCAUCUCUUUCUCCUCCUCCACCGUCGACUACACCGCCGCCAACAUCUCCACCACCAGCAUCAUCACCUCCACCAAUUGUAACAUCACCGCCUCCUGCAUUGUCAGCUCCACCAGUUGUAACAUCACCACCUCCUACACCAGCUGCCACUGCACCUCCUCCAGCUGAAACUUCACCUUCCAUUCCAAAUUUGUCUCCACCACCUCCAUCAGCUGGCUCCCCUCCUCCUCAACCAUCAAAGCCACCUCCUUCUGAAUCAGUUUCGCCGUCUCCUCCUCCUCCGGCACCAAAGCCACCAUCUACCAAACCUCCUCCUCCUACACCACAAGCAAAGCCACCAAAAAGUAACACUCCUUCACCUCCUUCACAUAAUGCACCUCCUCCAUCAGUUUCUCAUACCCCUCCUUCCCCUUCUACUGAUGUUCCACCUCCAUCCACUUCUACUGUUGUUCCACCUCCAUCUACAUUGCCAUCUACUCCUCCUUCAGUCCCUUCAAAAUCUGCACCACCUCGUGCAGUCCCUUCAGGAUCUGCAGCACCUCCAGAAGCUUCUUUGCCUCGUCCUCCUAGGAAUGAAACAGUUGCUGCUGGUGGUCCAACUGUGUCAUUGCCAUCUAUUCCAGCUGAGAAACCAACUGCUAGACCAACUGUUGAUGGCUCUGGUAAUGCAGCCACAAGCAAUGCACCUUCAAAUUCGGGAGGGUUAAAUACCGGAGGAGCUGUUGCUAUUGGCGUCGUUGUUAGUUUAUUUGUCAUCAGCCUUCUUGUCAUGGCUGUGUUGUUUGUACGGAAGAAAAAGAAGGGAAAAGUACCGAUAGCUGAUUAUGCUGCACCUUCCCCAUUUACCUCGUCUCACAACUCAGGUACCUUGUUCUUGAAACCUCAGUCUCCAGCCAAUUUUAUAGGGAGUGGCAAUGGUAGUGAAUUCGUGUAUUCACCAUCAGAACCAGGUGGUGUAAAUAGUUCAAGAUCAUGGUUCACAUAUGAAGAACUUAUCCAAGCUACGAACGGAUUUUCAGAACAGAAUAUGUUGGGAGAAGGUGGUUUUGGUUGUGUCUACAAAGGCUUGCUCAUAGAUGGUAGAGAAGUAGCUGUGAAACAACUUAAAAUUGGUGGUGGACAAGGGGAACGUGAAUUCAGAGCAGAAGUGGAGACUAUUAGUCGAGUACAUCAUCGUCAUCUAGUUUCUUUGGUUGGUUACUGUAUAUCUGAACAUCAAAGAUUGCUUGUCUAUGACUAUGUUCCCAACAACACUCUUCAUUAUCAUCUACAUGAUGAAAAUGCACCAGUUCUGAAUUGGCCUAUCAGAGUUAAGGUUGCCGCUGGUGCAGCUCGUGGAAUAGCUUACCUACAUGAAGAUUGCCAUCCACGCAUUAUUCAUCGAGAUAUUAAGUCAUCAAAUAUCCUUCUCGAUCAAAACUUUGAAGCUCUUGUUUCAGAUUUUGGGCUUGCAAAAUUAACAUUGGAUUCAAACACACACGUUACUACACGUGUAAUGGGAACCUUUGGGUACAUGGCACCAGAAUAUGCGACAAGUGGGAAAUUGACUGAUAAGUCUGAUGUAUAUUCCUACGGUGUUGUGCUUUUGGAGCUAAUUACAGGUCGGAAGCCUGUAGAUGCCUCUCAGCCAAUUGGUGAUGAGAGCUUGGUUGAAUGGGCUCGGCCUCUGUUGAUUGAAGCACUCAAUAGCGAGGACUUUGAAACUUUAGCGGAUCCAAGACUGGGAAAGAACUACAAUAGAAACGAAAUGUUUAGGAUGAUUGAGGCCGCCGCGGCCUGCGUGCGUCACUCCUCGGUUAAAAGGCCAAAGAUGAGUCAGGUUGUGAGAGCUUUUGAUUCCAUGGACGAGUUUUCAGAUCUGAAUAACGGAAUGAAACCGGGGCAGAGUUCAGUGUUUGAUUCUGCACAGCAAUCUGCACAGAUCAGAAUGUUUAGGAGGAUGGCUUUUGGAAGUCAAGAUAGUUCCGCUUCCAGUUUCUUUAAUGAGUCUCAAAGUAGUUAUAGGACUAGGGACCAAGACUCUACAAGUAUAUUCCCUCAAAAUAAAUCUAGGUCUUGGAACUUUCGAGAUGACGCUUAAUAUGCGCACGCGCACGCACAUAGGUGGACCGGUGAUUCACAGUAAUAUCUUGGUGAAGUUGUUGCAUUUCUACCAUUUUGCCAGGCAAGGUGCUGUGGUGUACUGAUUUGUAAAUCUUUAAUUCUUUAUACUAUUUUGGUGACAAGUGACGGCUGUAGUAUCUAUGUGAUUUUUAAUGUGCCAAUACUCAGAUGACUCGAUCCAAUAGAAAUUACAGAGCUGUAUCUCACAUACAAUGUCAUCAAAUCAAACCAAUUAUUUGAUAUUAAUCUUUAA